ACCAGAGGCUCCUUGCAGCCAUGGACCAUUUUCCCAGUUCCUUGAUGGCUCACAGGGCUCAGCACCAGAGACCAGGGUGUAUUCACUGCCAUCCAUUGGAUGUGUUUGGGUCAUCUCAGAGCACCCAGCGGGAGAGGCUCCUGGUGUGGUGGGCAGCCCAGCACUUCCCGCUGACACCUGCCUGUGACACCUGCUUAAGCCUUUCAUCUGCCGCUGAAGGUCCCAGUCUGGACUCUCUGCCCUCUGGGUCCCCGAGCUCUGCAGCGAGCCCUGGGACCACUCGUCCCUGCCCAGCCAGCUUCAGUGCCUGGGGCCGCUCGUCCUUGCCCGGCCUCUGUGCCCCAACUGUGCUUGGUCCUCUGGCUUCUCUCCUCCUGCUGGAGCGCCGGUCCCUGAGCUCAGACCCCCGUUCCCGGUACUGGGCCACACCACGCGCCCUCUUGGCCCAGCCUUCCUUCCAGAGAGGCGGCCUGACUUACCUGGACGGACCUGGGACAAAGGUUCUUCAGGACCUUGGACACCACCACCUGCUGAGCUUCCCGCCUCAGCCACGCAGUGGGGCCCCUGGGGUGCCCUCGGCAGCUUCAGUCCAGCCUGCAUCUGCCUCUCGGCCUUCCAACAUGGGCGGUGGGCCCCAGCCCCACAGACCAGCCCAGCAUUCAGGCUCCCCUGGCUCCAGCCCUAAGGUGCUCUCCCAGCCUUCUGACCUGGAUCUCCAAGACGAAGAGGAAGUGGAGAUCAGCAGAGACACCUUCUGGCCCGACUCCGAGCCCGAGCCGGAGCAGGCUCCACGCUCUCCCGGCUCUCAGGCCCCUGACGAGGGGGCGGGCGGGGCGCUGCGCAGCCUCCUGAGGAGCCUUCCCCGCAGGGCCCGGUGCGGCGCCGGCUUCGGGCCUGAAUCCAGCGCGGAGCGGCCGGCGAGCCAGCCGCCUGGGGCCGUCCCUUGCGCCCAGCCGCGGGGCGCCUGGCGCGUGACGCUUGUGCAGCAAGCAGCGGCCGGGCCCGAGGGUGCGCCCGAGCGGGCCGCCGAGCUGGGAGUCAACUUCGGUCGGAGCCGGCAGGGCAGCGCGCGGGGGGCCAAGCCGCACAGGUGCGAGGCCUGCGGCAAGAGUUUCAAGUAUAACUCGCUGCUACUGAAGCACCAGCGCAUCCACACGGGCGAGAAGCCCUACGCCUGCCACGAGUGCGGCAAGCGCUUCCGCGGCUGGUCGGGCUUCAUCCAGCACCACCGCAUCCACACGGGCGAGAAGCCCUACGAGUGCGGCCAGUGCGGCCGCGCCUUCAGCCACAGCUCGCACUUCACGCAGCACCUGCGCAUCCACAACGGCGAGAAGCCCUACAAGUGCGGAGAGUGCGGCCAGGCUUUCAGCCAGAGCUCCAACCUGGUGCGCCACCAGCGGCUGCACACGGGUGAGAAGCCCUACGCCUGCAGCCAGUGCGGCAAAGCCUUCAUCUGGAGCUCCGUGCUCAUCGAGCACCAGCGCAUCCACACUGGCGAGAAGCCCUACGAGUGCGCCGACUGCGGCAAAGCCUUCCGCGGCCGCUCGCACUUCUUCCGGCACUUGCGGACCCACACGGGCGAGAAGCCCUUCGCGUGCGGCGCCUGCGGCAAGGCCUUCGGCCAGAGCUCCCAGCUCAUCCAGCACCAGCGAGUGCACUACCGCGAGUAGCCGGGCGGGGGCUCGGGGCUCGGCCUCCUACCUGCCCCCCACCCACCCCCCCGGUGGGCACUGCCCAGCACCGCAUGCCACGUGUCCGGAAUAAAUUCUUUUUGAUUGUUGGAAGUGGGA